AUGAGUUGUGGAGUAAAUAAAUACUUCAAUGCAGCGCAUGUGCGUGAAAUUAUGCGAAGAGAUACGUUGAUAGUUUGCGUGGAUGUUCUGAAUGUUGUUAACUUGCAUCCCCCUUACCUUUCAGAUGUCAAUGAAGUUAAAUGUUAUGGUGUUUAUGGUUGCUUUCCAUUGGAUGGGCCAUGGACUACACCGACGCGGCAGAUCAACGUACAUCCGCAUAAACCUUCACAAAUAGAGCCACAUUUUACGUUGCAUACGAGGCGAAACUUAGAUCAGCCGAAAUUUAUAGAUCUCAAUGAUCCAGAGGCUGUGACACAUUUGGGCAUAAAUCCAGAGGGGAAGAUCUUCCUGAUCUCACACGGUUAUAUAGAAAAUGGACUUGUAGAGUGGAUGAAAGAUAUGGCCAAAGCUUUGUUGCACAGCGAGGAGGAGGGUAAUGCCGCUGUCAUACUAAUCGACUGGGGUGGCGGCUCCAACCCACCAUACGUGCAGGCGGUCGCAAAUAUACGGCUAGUCGGCGCCAUCGCUGCACAUGUCAUACAUAUGAUCUACGAGGAGCUGCACCUGCCGGACUUGCGCAAUGUGCACUUCAUCGGCCACUCGCUUGGCUCACACCUGGCUGGCUAUGCCGGCUAUCAUUUGCAACGUGAUUUUGGUCUUAAACUUGGCCGCAUUACUGGCCUGGAUCCAGCGGGACCACUUUUUGCCGACACUGAGUCCAUUGUGCGACUAGAUCGUUCAGAUGCAGACUUCGUCGAUGCUAUACAUACGGAUGCAAAUCCCUUUUUGAAAGGUGGUUUAGGCAUUUUCCAACGUGUCGGCCAUGUUGAUUUCUACCCGAAUGGUGGUUCGGAAAAUCCCGGCUGUGAUGUGCGACUGCAGGAUUAUAUGAAAGGACGCAAGAGUUCGGUGUUCUUGAGCAUGCAGGAGUUCUUGAGCUGUAACCAUAUACGCAGCUAUCAGUAUUUCACCGAGAGUGUGUUGAGCAAGUGUCCUUUCUUGGGCAUCACAUGUGAGUCGUAUGAGGCGUUCAAGGAGGGGAUGUGCGCGCGUUGCAAUGAAGAUGGACAGCUUUGCAUGCGCAUGGGCUUCCACACCUACACGGACUACAAAGAGCUGUCAGCAGCUGGUGCGUUAGAAGCGAAUAAGCCGCCAGUGUUGUACCUGACGACGGCCGAUAAGAGACCCUUCUGUCGCAAUCACUACAAGAUUACCGUACGCGUAUCCGGCCACGAUGAGAGUACGAUGCAUGGCGGCGAGAUUGGCACCAUCUCAGUGCGGCUGCAUUCCAAAACGCACGGGAAAAACUCCAACGCCGAACGUAUACGUUUCUCUCAGAAGGCUAUGUACUUCGAGCCAGGUUUCGAAUAUAGCGCCAUGGUGUCGGGAAGGGAUGUAGCCGAUCCGGCGCAGCACGCCUCGGUUUUCUGGGAAUAUCAAACAAAUUUCCUGAAUCCACUCACAUGGCGUAUCCUCGCUUCGCCGCGUAUUUACCUCGAUUAUGUAAUAAUUGAGUCGCUGGAGCAUCCCGAUAUGCAGCUGCAAUUGUGUCCGCUGAAAGAGAACCCUGUGAUAUCUGGCACAGAGAAUAUCAUGCAGGAGAAGUACUGCCAGUGAUUCCAGCAUACUUGAUAGUCUCGAUAUUUUCACGUAAAAAUGCAUUUAAGUUACACGAAUUGCAACGCCCGGAAAACAUAACAAACAUUGCAAAAGGAAAGGAAAGGAAAGAAAAGAAAAGAAAAGAAAAGAAAAGAAAAGAAAAGAAGAAGAAAUUUCCCAGUUCGGCUGACUUCCUGUAGUGCAUUUGGUCUCAAACCGAUUCCACAACUUGUCUUGCGGCGACAUCUAGUGCUUCGUUCAGGCGAAUAUGUCGCCGUUUACUUCACACAGAUGUCGCCCGAUAGUCACACUAGCCACUGCACAAACCAUUUGAGAAGAGUUUGAGCUCUUCUCUUCUCAGAGAUAAUAAUAUACUCUUCUCGUUUUCGGAGAAGAUUUUGACGUGCCGUUCUCAUCCCAUGCGAAUGUGUAGAGAAGGAAUUGCUUGUUUGCAAAGCAAUUAUAAAAAUACAUUACCUUGCUACAGUAUAACUGCUAUUAUUUAUUGAAUAAUUUAUACGAACUUAAUAUGUACCUAAUUUAUUUUUAUUUUAAUGUAUCCUUGUAGU